UGUGUUGAAAUGUGCUAUAAAUAAACUUGCCUUGCUUUCACUUUCGAUACACAACCUGAGUGAGCCAGACUUACCAGCAACAAGUGACGCGCCGCUCAGACUGAAUUCUCAUUGGCUCAGAGGAGCUGGUGUUACCUCUCUUCUGUGUCUCUCUCUCAUUGACAUCCCGCUCUGCAGAAAGGACGGCUGUGUUUCUGUGGAUAAAGAAGCUUUCACACAGAAAGCCUCGAUGAAGAUGAAGAUGUUGCUGUUUCUGCUUCUCCUGGGAAUAGUAGGCCCACACUGCACAUCUGCACGGACUCACUCUCUGAAGUAUUUCGACACUGCGUCCUCUGGAGUCCCAAACUUCCCAGAGUUUGUUAGUGUUGGGUUGGUUGAUGAAGUUCAGAUGACUCACUACGACAGCAACACCAAGAGAGAAGAACCCAAACAGGACUGGAUGAGCAGCAUCACAGACGAGGAUCCUCAGUACUGGGAGAGGAACACUCAGACCGCUCUGGGUGCCGAGCAGGUCAACAAAGUCAACAUGGAAACUGUAAAGCAGCGCCUCAACCAAACUGGAGGUGUCCACAUUAACCAGAUCAUGUACGGCUGUGAUUGGGAUGAUGAGACUGAUGAGGUCAAAGGUUAUUCUAACCAUGGUUUUGAUGGAGAAGACUUCAUAGUACUGGACCUGGAGACAGAGACAUGGAUCGCUCCAAGACGAGAGGCUGUCCUCACCAAACAGAGGUGGGAUAAUAACAAAGCUUAUAUGGCCCAGCAGAAGAGCUACUUCACCCAAUGGUGUCCUGAGUAUCUGAAGAAAUAUUUGAACCUUGGGAGGAGCUCUCUGAUGAGAACAGAGAUCCCCUCAGUGUCUCUGCUCCAGAAGUCCCCCUCCUCUCCAGUCAGCUGCCACGCUACAGGUUUCUACCCGGACAGAGCCGCCAUGUUCUGGACCAGAGACGGAGAGGAGCUUCACGACAACGUGGACCACGGAGAGAUCCUGCCCAACCACGACGGAUCCUUCCAGAUGAGCGUGGACCUGGACGUCUCCUCAUUCCCCGCUGAACACUGGGACAAGUACCGAUGUGUGUUCCAGCUCUCUGGGGUGAAGGAGGACCACGUCAUCGUACUGGACCCAGCUGUGAUCAGGAGCAACAGAGGAAUCCCCUCCUCCUCCUCUUCAUCAUCGGUGCUGCAGUGUCUGCUCUCGCUCUCCUCAUCGCUCUCCUCAUCGCUGGGAUUGGAUUCCUGGUUUACAGGAAGAGGAACGCCAAUAAAAACAACUCCCUCUCCUGCCUCCAGCGCUGAGCUCACUGAGAGACUGAACCAGCCAUCACAGUGAGGUGCUUCACAUCAACUUUCCACCUGUUGUUACAGAGCUCUUUCUCUGCUCUCAAACCUCUCCAGCUGCAGCAUUAGAGUUCAAACCCUUCUGCAGAGUGACCGCAGAAAGGCACGAAUGCUUUCAGAAACACAAAUAUUAGAAAGAUCAAUGACAUCAGUUCAAUAAAAUAGUGUGACACCAAAUAGAAACAUUCACCUGUACAUCAGAAGCAGAUCAAAGAACUGACUCAGGAAUAGUUCAGGUCUGAAUCAGGUAAACAUGUUCUGUGUCUUUAGGUUUAUGCAUCAGGGGGCGCUGCCACCACGUUCUGAACUGUUCAUUAUUCAUCAUCUGAUCAAUCACUGAUCAUAUUAGGGUUUGGAAAUCAAGCAAUAGCUCAUUGAUUGGAGAACAGAGGAAUCAUGUUAUUUGGAUCAUUUGGGUUUCACAUCAAAAGGUGGCUUUCCCUCUGAUUAUGGAUUUCAAUCUAAUUCUAAGAGAAGCUAAACCUCUAUGUGGUUUCUGGUAAAAUAAUCAAUAUUAAGUAACAGAUUUUAAUACGAGAGGCUGUCUAGCUCACAACUCAUACUUUACAAACAAUAUCAGAAUCUCACAUGUACACCACCAGACUCUUUCCCACACAGUAUCAUACCGUCUUUAACGUACUGUCAUUCAUUUACUAUCAUACAUAAAUAACUAUUCUCUCUCACACACAAAAACUAAAUCUCUUAAACGCACCAUCAUACUCUCGUACACACACCACUAUCGUCUUUCACAAACAACUACAAUCUAAUAGAACAUUAUAAAAGUGUAUGUGAAAGAGGAUAGUAGUAUGUGUGUAAUCGGUAAACAAUGUAUGUAAGACAGAAUAAUAACCUAUAUAAGAGGGAAUAGUAUUUCAUGUUAAUAACAUCAUAUUGUGGAGUCUAUUUUUAUAUAACAUUACAAGAGGGAUUCUUAUUAUUACAUGAUAUGCUUAUUGUGCUCAUGAGAUUGCUAUGACUAUAAAAUAAAUAGACACAAUCACUAAUCCCAGGUUCUGAUGGGUUAGAUACCAACGAGGGGAAUAGUCAGAAGAAAGUUUUCAGCUUGCAAUACUAAUGUAGCAAGGUCAGGUGCAGACGCUGGAAGAAUACAAAGAGUUAUUCAUAAACAGGACAUCGCUUCGGGUGAGCUCCGCUCCCACACACAGCUAGGAAGCAGCCUUAUGAAGAUUCCAUUUUUUCUGUAGAAAUGUUAGCGAAAACAAAUUAUGUAUGAUGGUGCCAGAGUAGGGAGGGACUUCCACAGGCCGGCCGAAUGCUGAUUGGGAGGAUCGUGUUGCCAAGAGACUUUUUUCAAAGUCUGUGCACCUACCAAAGAGAACCAAGUCUAAACCACGGUAUCUCUUCAGCUAGUCUUGACCAAUCAUAAAUGUACGGGCAACGCCCUGUGUAAUAAAAAUGUUAGCACACAUGAGGUUCGGGGCUCUCUUCCGGAAAUAGUGGUUACAGAUUACAGCUUUGCUGCCUGUGAUUUCUAUGACGUGACGGAGCCCUUGGCCAAGUGAAUAUAUAUUUUGCUCUCUCAUAAUAAAUAGUUAAACUUA